AUKAUGUACUUGUUUCCURUCUCACUUCUAAUUAAAAGCACCAUGGUACUAYCUUAUCAACACUUUUUGUUUGGGAAUAUUUUAUCUUUUUUGUACGCAUGCAGUGUUGCAGACACAACACCUUAUUCAAAUUGACAUAUUUGUAAGAUGUUUUGGGACACUGAUUUGAUCAUAGACACCGGCAAAACCUGCUUGCUUUACUCCAAGCAGUAUCUUUAAGAUGCAAAGGGUUGUGGGACAGGCCAUAAAGCUUGAGCUUGUUUCUUUUGUUAUUUUUAAUUAAAUGAAAAUCCGUACAAAAUUUUCAUUGAUUAAAUUUGCAUCAUAACUGUGUGUUGUAAAAUGUAUUUAUUUCCAGGUUUCCAAAAGUACUACACAAUUUAGCUGGUAUGAAUGGCUAAUGGCCCCGCUUUUAAUAUUUGCAUAAGCAUCAGAAACUGCAAAUAUGGUUUUGAGGCCUCAGUCUAAKUCUGAUUAAUGCACACAUGAUUUAUGUGCAUUAAGACGAGAUUCAUACUUCAGAAAAUCAAGUUAGUAGAUUAGUUGAUGUACAGAAGAGGAACAGAAUUGAAUAUAUUUYAGUUUAAAUACCAGGCCUCAGUUAAGUGUUUUGCAUAUUAAAAGUGGAUCUUGGCCAACAAUCCUAUCUGACGUAUUUCAGCAAUUCUGCAAGUGGCAGUGUGCUAAACUCCUUGGGCAGUACUGGGCCUUUCACUUUAUGUAAAUAUGUUCCACAAAUGCCACAUGGUCUACAUUAAGCAGUUCUACAAAACCAGCCACACGUUCUGCUACCAGUGAUAAGGGCAAGAUACCCUCACCUGAAGUAUUUCUGCAUUUUCAGAUUAUUUAUUCUACUAUUAUGAAAAUUAUGAUGUGGCAAAACCCACUGUUAUUUACAGAAAUAAAUAUAUUGUGUGUUUUAAAUCAAGCUAAUUGUUUCUCUACAUGACUGGAAAGGAUAUACCUUAGAAUUAGGUUGACCAGUGCAAUAACUUUUAUUUUUUAAUUCUCUUUAUGCACAUCACUUUGCUUCAGCCUAAAAGUACAUGCAUCAAAUUUCAGACAGAUUUUUAAAAGCAGUGGAAUAUAUAAGCCCUUCAAAUCAGGAUUUCAAGUGGUAAAUAUAACCAAUCUGUAAUUACAGCUGCAUCACAACGCUAGUGGAAUGCCACUACCUAGCAUUGCAUAAAGCCUUGUUUGCUCCUCCUACAUGCACUAAAUAUAAAUGUGCAUGAGCAGCAAAAGCAAUUUGCCUAAUCUCUGAAUCAGCUAAAUAGCAUUUGCACUAAAAUUUUGUCUGUAUACUGUCUUAUCUGGUUAAACUUUGGGUUGGACUGGAUAAAUAAGUAUAAUCAUAAUUAUAUUUUAUCUUUAGUUAUUUUGCUGUUUUGCUGUUAUUGUUGCUUGCCUGAGAASUUAACGAUUCCACUUAUACUGUUCAAGUCAAUUUAUUUCUUUUGGAAAGGAUGGACUUUUUUUUAAACAUAAUUUCAUAAUUUAAAUAUUUCUGUAGUGUCCUAUUUUUUUUCAGUUAAUAACCAGUUUACAUCUAUACAAAUACUGGAACACUGAGUUCAUUCUUCUGAAGUGCAYUGCAUUGACAUGGGGUUUUUGAAUCUUGGAAAACAUUUUACUGUGUAUAAUGGCACUGCAAUUAGCUGAACACUGUUCAUUAGGCUAAUUGUUUAUUAGGGUAUUUUUUUUCUGUCACUCAGGAAACAAGGGACUGAUUUUCUUCCUGAAUGUAGUAUGCCUACAGUUACUGUAUGUUAAACAGGAAUUGCACUGAAGUGCCAGUCCAAAUGCCUCUCUGUUUAAUCCAGUUUAUAUGCAAAGUAUUUUCUCCAAAACUUAGACUUUAGGCUAGUUCUUAUUUUUUUUAAAUUUCUGACUUGUCAAUUGCAGAGUCAAGUGUUGAAAGAGAUUUCAGUCUUAGCAAGAAUGUAGUGAAGCUGGUCUGUUCAACAUCUUCCUUUCAGGUCUCCACUGCAGCAUAGUUGCUCACUUUCUCUGUUCUUGACUGGGAACACUGCCAAAAUGAAAUGUGAGGAAUCUGUCCAACAACCUGUCUCUUUCAGAAUUCACAUCCCAUUUUUCAAUGGGUUUUUUUUUCUGUAAUGCUUAUCAGGACUCUAACAAUAGUAAGGCACCAGGGAAGAAAUCCAUUCCUCAGUCUGUUACAAAAGAACAAGGAGGGUGCUGUAGGUGUAGGAAUUCUGAACAGCUUUAGCAGAGGGAUCGCUCGGCUGAAACUGGUAAAUUCCUGGUGCAGUUUACUUUCCAUASAUGUGAGUAGAGGACUUGGCACUACAGACUGACUGUAACUGUGGCAAGGCUUUUCCUGCCAGUACUGUGCAAGCUGGUUAUUCUAUUAAAAAAAAAAAAUCCAUGUAGUUUACAAAUGCCUCAUUUUAUAGAUUAAUCAAGUUUUGUAUUAAAUAGAAUCAGUUUUGGUAAUGCAGAUUACAAGCACAUGUAGAAGCAUCUGCUUCUAUUUGUCUAGUUGGAGAUUAUCCCUUAAUCAUGCAAGGUCCAGGUGUGCAUUUUCAGAUUUGUUGACUCAGGGAUGCUGGAGAUACCAUUAAAGGCCAGCCACAUUAUGCUGUAGGUACAUUUACAUUGUUGCUCCUCUGAAGAAUUGAACCACUCAGUGAAAAGAAUGGCAAGAAGAAAUGUCCUCAUUACAGGUUGCUCAUCAGGAAUUGGACUGGCUCUAGCUGUAAAAAUGGCAAAAGAUGAACAGAAAAGAUUUAAAGUGUAUGCCACAAUGCGGAAUCUGGCCAAGAAAGAACCACUGGAGGAAGCUGCAGGUCACAGGCUGGGCAAAACCCUCGAAAUCAAACAACUGGAUGUCUGUGAUGAACAGUCCAUUAAAACCUGUGUCAAUAGUAUCCCUGACAGAAGGAUUGAUGUCCUAGUGAGCAAUGCUGGAAUGGGGCUCAUUGGACCUAUUGAAUGUCAGACCAUAGAUGAAAUGAAAACUGUGAUGGAUACCAACUUCUUUGGCCUGGUUCGACUCCUGAAGGAGAUUUUGCCUGACAUGAAGAGGAGAAAGAGUGGGCAUAUAGUUAUAAUAAGCAGUGUCAUGGGAAUACAAGGCAUCUUAUUUAAUGAUGUUUACGCGGCAUCUAAGUUUGCUGUGGAAGGAUUCUGCGAAAGUUUAGCUAUACAAGCACUCAAGUUCAAACUGCAGUUAAGUUUGAUUGAACCAGGGCCAGUGGUUACAGAAUUUGAAAGAAAAGUGUUUGAAGAUGGAAUGAAAAUGGAUCUUUCAGCUGCAGAUGAAGAAACAGCUGAGAUGUUUACUAAUAUUUACCUUAAAAAUUACAAACAAAUUUUCCAGAGCUUGGGACAAAGUGCUGAAGAUGUUGCAGAGCACACAAUAAAGAUAAUUCUUGCAGAAAACCCACCUUUUCGCCAUCAGACCAACACCYUGUAUACUCCAAUGACAACUCUGAAGUAUGCAGAUCCAAAUGGRGAUCUACCCAUUGACAUAUUCUACAAAAUGGUUUUUCAGCAUGACAAAAUCUUCAGUGCAAGUCUCAACUUCAUCAAACUGCUACGGUGGAGAAGUAGAAAGAGCUUUGACCUGGGAAAACCCUCACAAUAAGUAUGAGAUUAUAUAGUGCAAAUUGCAAUUACUUCUUGUAGCUACUGAUGACACAGUAUGUUGUCAUUCAAAUGCCUUUGGUCUGUAAUUAUGAAAAGGCAUGUAAGAAGCUUGUUUGAGCUCAGCUAAGAUAUUCAGUUCAAUGUGUAUCUCUCGAAUGUUACAGUUUGCAAAGCCUUGCAAUUAAAACCCUCUAACUAUAGGUUCAUUCUGUUUAGUGUUUGCUUUUUCCAUAGAUGUUUUCAUAGGAGCAUGAAUGCUGACUGAUAUUUGCGUAUUCAAUAUUAACCCAAUCCCCUUUACUUAUGAGAAUGUAAUGCACACUAAGAUGUGUACAGUAUGCAAAYUGUUUAGAUUCUUAGUAUCAUAAAAAUAUUACAUGUUUUUAUUUAUUAAGAUAGAAUUAGCAUAGUAAUCCMUCAAUCACAUUGGUAUUCUCAUUUCCAGAAGCCAAGACCUAUUUAUCAGCAACGUAAGAGAAAGUUUAAUCAAUCUUAAAAUGUAACAAAUAGAAUAUUUAUUAUUAAUAUAUAUUUACCAUAAAAUUCGGAAUGCUUCCUUUAUAGGCAAUGGUGACUAGCAUAUUGCACUUAGUGAACAAUAAAAUGAUUUUUAGAAGCAUCAUAACAUAA